AUGUCGACAUUGUCACGGCGCAUCCAUCGCCUGCCCCGCCCAACACUCCUCGGCCGCGCGGUCGUGCUUAUCGGCGCCGAGCUCCUCGCCAACGCCGCAUGCUGGAUCGCAGCAGGUAUCUGUCUGAGCCAGGCAGAUGGCCUGAUAGGACUCGCACUGCUGGCUUGGACACUCGGCUUGCGACACGGCCUGGACGCAGACCACAUCUCGGCCAUUGACAAUGCUACCCGCCAGAUGGUCAGUCUCGGCCGCCAGCCCUUGACUUGCGGCCUGUUCUUUAGCCUGGGCCACUCGACCAUCGUCAUCGCCGUCAACAUUGCCAUUGCCGUCAGCGUCGACAUCUACGACAAGCUCGGCAAAGUAGGCUCCGUCGGCGGCAUUGUCGGCACGUCCGUUUCGGCGUCGUUCCUCUUCCUCGUGGCCUCGAUCAACACGUUCUUCCUUAUUGGUGCCAUCAAGGACCGUCGACGGGCCAAGGCCAGGGAGGCGGCCGGUUUGCCACCCGAUGAGGUGGACCCGGCCAAGAUCCACGGCGGCGGAUGCCUCGUGCGCGUCAUUGCGCCCAUCCUCCGUGUUGUCGACCGCCCGUGGAAAAUGUAUCCGGUCGGAAUCCUCUUUGGCUUUGGCUUUGACACUGCCUCCUCCAUCGCUCUCCUCGCCAUCUCGGCCAUCGCCACGCGUGGUCCUAACGGCGAGGCCAUCAGCCAUGGCAAGAUCAUCAUCCUUCCAUUCCUCUUUACCGCCGGCAUGUCCCUCGUCGACUCGCUCGACUCGGUUCUCAUGCUGUACGCCUACGCACAGCCAGACCUGCGCUCGGGACCCGACCGCAAGAUCCGCCUGUUCAGCCGGUACGACCAGACGCUGUCGACCGAGACACUUGCGCCACUCACUGCGCCAGAGGGCGCCGAGGCAUUUGAGCAAGAUGUCGAGGGCGGCGCAGCUGCCGCCAACUCGCUGGAAGCUGGCAAGGACAUGCUCAAGCCGGCCUCCCCGGAAAGUGACGGCACGGCCGCGACGGUCGAGGUCGACCCCGAGACGGAGGCGCGUACCGAGCGCGCCCAGCGUCUCGUGGCUGCCAAGACGGCCACAAUGUCCAGCCUGUCCAUCAGCCUCACCCUCCUCUCGAUCCUCGUGGCGCUCAGCAUCUCGCUGAUUGAGAUCAUGGGCCUAAUUGGCGAAAACUGCACCCAGUGCAGUGCGGCCGCGGACGACCCCGACGGCGGCGGACUGGCCGGGUCGUGGUGGCGCGCAUGGGCCCGCGCCAACGAUGCGAGCGGGUACGUCGGUGCCGCCAUUGUUGGGUGCUUUGUGGCUAUUCUCGCGGGAUACCAUGUUGUCAAGUGGGGUUGGAGGAGACAUCAGAAGAAGAACAAGGUCGCGGGUCAGGAGCGUGAGAGCUCGGAAGGCGAGAGGCAGUAUGGCGCCACUGAGGUUUAG